AGCAGGAGCUGUACCUCGGAGAGCGAGAAAGACGAGAACAUCACUGGAGGGGUCGUGUGUGUGGGUUGAGGGUGUCAGUGGUGAGCAGUCUGUAUGCACCAUGCAGGUCGUCCAUCCUGCUCUCCAAGGUUCACUGAGCCGCGCCGCUUGCACCCUUGCCUUGCGCUACUGUCGAGGCAUCCACACGGAUCUCCUGUUGAGGCGUGCUAUCGACGCAGAGAUCACCCAUUUGCUCUCUCCUCCAUGCUGCUUCGAAGAUGUCAGGUGCAAUACAGUGGCAGGACUGGCGCACCAUCCACCAUCGAACGAAUUGGGGAAGCAAGAGGUUGGAUGGUAGAUGUGCGCAACGGAAUGCUAUCCUCUUGCUUCCACCCUGCUCUCCGAUCAGCCCUGCUUCCCCACGCUUCUCAUCGGGAUUGUCGGGAAAGAAUGACCUCAUUGGUACCGUGGCUGCUCCUCCCCGAUGAGGCCAUGCGAUCCCUCUGGCCAGCCCACGAUACUGUCCUGCCCCAGCAGGGAAAUGUUUCCAAGUCAGCGAACACCUUAUCUCUGAUUCGCAUGGCCCUGCACUAUCAAGAAUCUCCUUUCGGUACCGUCAUCGGGUCCUCUAAGCGAAAGGAACGCUGAGUCUGGGCUGACUCUGUUGCGUGGGGGAGCAAAGUGCAGUGCGCCUGGCGCCUGUUUGGGGGAUUCGGCGAAAGGGGGUGGUCCGGGCGGCACAUGGGAUGACGUUGCCGGGUGUUUUUGCCGAUGGGCGGAGCAGCGGCGGCGGCGGCGGCGGCGGCGGGAGCGGCGGAGGAGGAGGAGCGCAGAGGCGAAUCUUUCCUCUUUUCUCCUCUGGUGUCUUGCCGGCGGGAGAUGAAUGGACGCCGUACCUCCUCUGAGCGUCUGCCGCUCCUUGGGCGCUGGGGAGGUCCAGAAGGACGAUGAUGAACAGCCUUACUGCAACACUCCGGCGCACCGCUGAGUCCCUCCCCACGAUCU